AUGGAGGAAUUUGACAUCAAAUUCAACGUGAUGGUUUCCUUAUUCAACUGGAUGCAGAAGAGGAAAUCCUCCGCGACGAAACGUUCCAAGUUCCGUAAAUUCCUCGAUGCUUUUUGCCGGAAACCGGAGGACUAUUUCAGCGCCAUCCGGGGGGUGGCGGGAGGAGGGGGUCGUGCUGGGGAAAGGGCAGGGGGUGGCAGGGGAGGGGGUCGCGCAGGGGAGGUAGCAGGAGAAACUGGGGAAAGGGCAGGAGAGGUGGCAGGGGGAGGGGGUCGCGCUGGCAGAGAAAAGGGCAGGGGAAGUGGCGGGAGAAGCUGGGAAAAGGCAGGGGUGGCGGGGGGAGGGGGUCAUGCUGGCAGAGGAAAGGGCAGGGGGUGGCAGGGGGAAAGGGCAGGGGGUGGCGGGGGGGAGGGGGUCACGGUCGCAGAGGGGAGGUGGCGAGAGGAGAAGGGGAAAGGGAGGAGAGGGGUGGCGGGCGUAAGUGCUGCUGGGAGGUAA